CAAUUUGUUUUCCUUUUCCACUUUACCGAGGAACGCUGUCUCUGUUAUCCAUCAUCCAGCAACCAACACCGGAAGGAAGAGAAGAAAAGAGAGUGAAUGAAAGCAUGUCGCAGGUUCUCAACCUAAGCCCACCCCACCGAGCUCUCCCCUCAAUACGUCUCGAUUCGUCUUCAUUUCGCUUAUCCAGCAAUCUCCUUUACACUCAAAACCCUAAUAAUUGGACUUCUCUGCAGCAGAAACUCAGGUGCAGAGGCAGAUAUUCUUGCCUCUUUUCAGACAACCGCAGAGAGGAACAAGCGAGAAAGGCAUUAGAAAAUGCUCUUGGUGGAAAGAAAAUUGAAUUUGAGAAAUGGAAUAAAGAAAUUCAGAGAAAGGAGGAGGCAUCUGGUGGAGGAAAUGCUGGUGGGGGAGGUUGGUUUGGGUGGGGUAGAUGGUUUGGUGGGUCCAAUGGUGACAAUUUCUGGCAAGAAGCACAGCAAGCAAGCCUUGCCAUUUUAGGUAUUAUUUUCAUGUAUCUUGUGAUUGCGAAAGGGGAAUUAAUACUAGCUAUCAUCUUUAAUCCACUGCUGUUUGCUUUGAGAGGGACGAGGAAUGGCUUCACCUUCAUAACAUCACGCUUUUCAAGAAAGUUCUUCCCAGCUGGUACUUUCAUUGAUCCUGACAAUACACCAAAGAAGGAAUCCUAUGCCACUGUCUCUGCUAAAGAGAGCGUGAUAAGGAAAUGGGGUAGCGAUUGAUACCUUUUGUUUCAGGUGCAAACAAUACUUUCUCCAACCGUGUCCUUCUAUUGCAACAAUUACUGGAACAGAAGUUAAUGCAAUUUUGUCAGAUAUAUGAUUGAUUAUAUGCCUUGCUACGGAGAUCAUUGAUUUGUAGACAACAGACAUUUUUCUCAGAGAUUUUAGAGUUGUUUGGACAUGCGUGCUUGGGCUGACAUGCAACAUCGCUGUUCUUGGUAACUUGCACAUAAUGUGCAACACCCAAUAUGAAAUUUAUCCUGUUAUUACCUC